AUGGAUCUCGCAUAUGAUCAUAUCCAAGAAGAAGCUCUCCAACCCGAUCAGAACAAGGAGAAAUCAACAGAGCCUGCCCCAACUCUCAAUGCCGAUUUCCAAGAAGCAUAUAAAGCUAUCUCUUCAAGUCCUUGGGGUGCGAAAUUAGGUGGAUUCUUUGGAAGUGUCGUCAAACAGGGCGAGAAUGUCUAUAAAGAGGCUCAACAGGAGUUCAAUACUGUUAGCGAGGAAGCUACCAAGGGAUUCACCGACCUAAGAUCUUCGAUCAUUAGUCGCACACGAGGACUUACGAUUACACAAGCUCAAGAGGAUGAGAAAGCGGCAGCAGGAGGAUCCGCAAGCAAAGAUGGAGAGUCAACUUCGAAAGAUCUCACAACAGACGAGGCAUUAAAGGAAUCGGAAGGUGUUUUAGCAAGAUUAAAGUCCGAGGCUGCGAAGAGAUUAGUAGAGAUUCAAAAGGCGGAAGAUGCAGCAGAUGAAGCUCUCCUAAAGUUUGGAACGAACAUUCGAAACUUCUUGAAAGAUGCUGUUAGCAUUGCACCACCUACUUCAAAUGCAGAUGGACAAGCCAAUGCCGUCCUAUUUGAGAGUAAGGAUUCUCAAGGAAAAAGAGUUAUCCAUACUACACGAUUCGAUGCGCAACUUCACGUUAUUCAUUCUACACUUGAUAGCUUCACCACCGAUCCAGUCAGCGAGGAAUUCGAGCUUUGGGCUAAGACUUUUAGUGUUGACAAGAAGACGGAUGAUAUCGCUAAGGACUUGGAAAAAUAUGAAGAGUUGAGAAGUUCAAUGGAAAAAUUGGUACCUGACAAGGUCAAAUAUGAGGAUUUCUUCAAGCGAUACUAUUUCCUUCGUCACAGUAUUGAAACUGCCGAAGCUAAGAGGAGAGAUUUACUCAAAGGCGCUGCAGCAACCGAACAAGAAGAAGAAGUAAAAUGGACAUCCGAUUCUGAAGACGACUCAGAAGAGGAUUCCGAUGACGAUGAUUCUGAAGAUGAAGAUGACAAAACUGCGAAGGUCAAGACAACUUCCGAUAGACCAGCUUCUGCCGAAUCCUCUACCACUUUACAUCCCGCAACACAAGAUAAGGAAAAGUCCACUGCUACAUCUCCAACUCCUACCCUCAAACCGACUGAACCAAGAAAAUCCAACGAUGAAAAAUCUCAAGCAGAUAGCGAUGGCAGUUAUGAUGUUGUAGGCGCGGCAUCAGGAGCUCCUAGUCGGGCUCCCAACAGUCCAAAGGAAAAGGCUGUAGGUGCAGGAGCAAAGAAGGAAGAGAGCGACGAUGACGACGACAGCGAGGAGGAGGACUGGGAAUAG